GAAUCGUUUUCAUGAGACGAAAAACAAAACGUCCGGUUUGAUCCAACGCAGAGGAGCCAAAACCYAUAGAUCAAACGACACCAAGCCACAAAAGAAGGAUCGGUCCAUCCCAUGUGAUUGCGCGACGAUGUUCAGAGACAACGAGUUGAACGAAGGAUGGACCGGGACCCUGUCCGAGAAAACGGCGGGAAAGGACUGCCGCCUCCUCCGCCGGAAGCUUGCGGCCCUGCGGGAGAACCGCGCAGCAUUGAAAGAGGARCGCUCCGGWGAGAUCGAGCGCCUGGAGUCGGUAUUCCAGAGCACGAAGGAGCGACUCGCCCGCAGACUGCUGGAACGCACCCACAACGCCGCGUACCGGCAGCACCUCCGGCACUACCACGAGGAGCGGCCCGUCGAAGACCAACAACCGGGCGGGGACCCGACGCCCACCACACGAGGRAUUGGCUACCGGGGUGCCGGCGGCGGUGUUCCCGUCUCGAACUACGUURUCAAGCACGAGACACCCCUCCUCUCGGCAUUGCACCGGUCGUUUUUGGUGUUGCCCAACCAGAUAGAAGUCUGCGAGGGCGAAUACGAGCGCAACCUGUAUCCCUUCUUUCGUGAUGAGAUUCAGGCACUCCACAUCGAAUCGCUGGARACCUURGAUAGAUGGAUGAGGCGCUUGUCGGCACAAGCCGAAAAGAACGAAGCGCUGUACGAAUCUUAYAGAAAAGAGUGCGAAACCAAAGAAGAAGAAAUCAAUAAACUCAAAAUACGGUUGCAGCAGCAACAACGAGACGGAAAAUAUUGCGACGACGAAAGCAUCGCAUCGGGCACCGAGUGYUCUUCGGACUCCGACAGCGAAAUAUCACCGGGAAGGGAAGCCGGUGUUGGCUUUUUGAAACUCUUGUUUACGCCAACCCAAAAAAUAGAAAGAGAGAGAUCCCACCCCAAAGUAAGUUGUGGUGGUCCCGAUGUCCAAAUAGCGACCAGGAGGAAAUUUCGAUUGCCGUUCGGACAACGCAACGACGAUACGAAAAUAAGAUAGAACAAAAAUAGAAUAUAGUAGUUUGA